GAUACUUCGCGUAAUCUCGUCUUCGAAGAAAACAUGGCGGACGAGUAUGGACGAAAAUGGGAUCGCUGCCUUGCGGAUACAGCAGUGAAAACAGUUACAGGCCUCGGCGUUGGCAUUGUGCUCUCCGUCCUGCUCUUCAAACGGCGAAUGUGGCCUCUGUCGUUCGGGUCAGGCCUGGGUUUGGGAAUGGGAUACAGCAACUGCCAGCAUGACUUCAGGUCUCCAUAUCUGAUUCAUGGCCGCAUGGUUAAGGACCAAUAACGAUGAAAUAAAGGCAACAAUGAAUUCCUCAUUUCUGUUUUUGUUCAAUUUUUUGCUGCUUGUCUCUUUCCUGGCACCCAACAAAUCCUAGAGUGUAUAUCAGAA